UUCCAAACCCUAAAUUAAACCAAACGAAGAACUUCGUCGUCUCUCUACCCGUAUCCGCCAACGCGGCCGACUGUUAAUUCUGCAUGCAAUAGCGUUUUCAUAGAUGGGGAAAGUAGCGAAGGGUUCAAGGAAGGGGAAGAAGGCGUGGAGGGCGAAUAUAAAGACCGAAGACAUCGAAGAAUACUUUGAGAAGACAACGAAGGACGCUCACAGCGGCGUCUCCUCCACCAUAACCUCUCUCCCCAGUGAAUCUCUCUUUUACGUCGAUAAAUCUACAGAUGUUCCUGUGAAACGGAAGAUUGAAAAACACAGGCUCAAGGUUCUCCGCCAUGAGAGCUUGCUGCAAAGAAAUCUCUUUGUGCAGCCCGUCCCGUCUUCAAUUUUGAAGAAGUGUAAAGAGCGGAAAGAAAUAAAAUCAGUAAAAGCUGAAGUUAGAGACGUUUCAAAGACACAGGAUCCAGCAUUGCAACUUGAUUUAUGGAAUAAUGAAGAUAAAAAACUUGCAGGUGAAGAAAAUGCGAAGGCCAAAAAGAAGUCUGCCACUUCUCUCAUUCCGGCUGUUGAAAUGGAGCCGCCUGGAUGUUCAUUCAAUCCUCCAUUUGAAGCUCAUCAGGAUUCAUUGGCUGAAGCUGUUGCUGAUGAAAUGCAAAAGAUUUAUCGUGAAGAAUUGGGUCCCGAACCCGUGCCGCUUAUCGUUCCAGGGGAAAUAAUUCUGGAGGAAGAUAAAUAUUUUCUUGAUGCAGAUGAUGACAACGAGAGCGAUGCAGAAGAUCAGGAUAAUGCUAAUGAUGAGCUUCUUGCACGAAGAAAAUCAAAAACAAAGAAAGUAACUCGAGUAGAGUUGAACCGAAGAGCCAAACUUAAAAAGCAUAUGAAAGCUGAAGCCGAAGCUAAGAAGCGAGACGACAUGUCCAAGCAAAUCGAUUGCUUAUCGGAUAUAAUCAAGGAAAUAGCAAAAGAAGAUGAGGAAAAGAAUAGCAGGCAUUUGAGGCGGGUUAUUGCGAAGCAUGAAAACCUUAAAGUCCGACCGCCUCGGUUAGGAAAGCACAAAUUUGUACCAGCUUCAAAGCAAGUCCUUUUAACUGAAGAAAUUUCUGGCUCCAUUAGAAAGCUGAAGGGCUGUUGCACCCUUGCAAGGGACCGUUUCAAAAGCUUGGAGAAACGAGGCUUGCUUGUUCCAACUGCUAACGGGCGGAGAAGAAGAAGACGAUGAAGUUUACUAUUUGAUUCUUUACUGAAGAUGCAAUGGAGAAAUGUGCUUGGUUUUCAUGGCGGAUCUGAAGGCUUCUGCUUCUAGCAAUCUGUGGGGCGAAUGCUUUAAUGGAUGUUGAUUGGGAGCAAUAAUCUUCUGUUUUUCUCCUGAUGCUUUAUUUUCUUCAUGGAAAGCCAUGUGCUGCAGAACUCAAGAACUAAUGGUAGCAGGAUAGAUUUCCUGCAUUUGUUUUAUACUGCUUGGGAAUGCUUUGUAAUUUAGUUGUUUGUUGAAUUGUAGAGAAUUGUUAUU